AAAAACUGGCCAUACAGGGGAACUGGACUCACUGGACCUUCUGAACUCAGCUGGGAAUAUCUACACAGUGGGCUUGCCUGAAGGGGUUCCCCAGUCUGGGCUCCAGGGCAUGUGGAGAGGUGGGUUGGAGGAACCUCCAGAUAGUGGCUAUGAAGAUGGCAUGACUCCUGUGACCUGGUCCCUGAACAUCUGACCGCUCCCUUGCCCAACACCACCUGACCUGUUGCCUGACUCCAACCCCAGCUAAGAUUAUGGCCCAGUUGAGAGUGGGAGGCUUGAAGGCUAGAGUGCUGCAGGGAUUUCCCAGUAGGUAAGAGUGGAGAGACCCCACCUUGUGGGUAAGUGAAAAGAGGAAUACGAGAGACAUUGUCACGUCUCGUAUCUGGUAUCUGGGGAGCCUUAUGCAACAGGAGAAACCACUGCCGGGCUGGUUAGACUGGGUGUGACAUGGUGAAGAGGCAGAGGACUUGUUGGAAUGACCUAGAGGGCCUUUUAAACCUUCUGGAUGGACUGAGGCAAGAGGAGCCAGAAAGAGAGGUAUGCCUCCUGAGAUGUGGAGCCAUCUGGUGACAGCCUGUGGCUGAGCAUGGCCCUCCCAGCCCUGGGCCUGGACCCCUGGAGCCUCCUGGGUCUUUUCCUCUUCCAACUUCUCCAGCUGCUCCUGCCAACGACAGCAGAGGGAGGCGGGCAGGGGCCCAUGCCCAGGGUCAAAUACUAUGCAGGAGAUGGACGCAGGACACUUGGCUUCUUCCACCAGAAGGGGCUCCAGGAUUUUGACAGUCUGCUCCUGAGUGGUGAUAGAAACACUCUCUAUGUGGGGGCUCGAGAGGCCAUUCUGGCCUUAAAUAUCCAGGAUCCAGGGGUCCCAAGGCUGAAGAACAUGAUACCCUGGCCAGCCAGUGACAAAAAAAAGAGUGAAUGUACCUUCAAGAAGAAGAGCAAUGAGACACAGUGUUUCAACUUCAUUCGUGUACUGGUUUCUUUCAAUGCCACCCAUCUCUACGCCUGCGGCACCUUUGCCUUCAGCCCAGCUUGUACCUUCAUUGAACUCCAAGACUCUUCCCUGUUGUCCAUCUCGGAGGUCAUGGAAGGGAAAGGACAGAGCCCCUUUGACCCUGCCCACAAGCACACAGCUGUCUUGGUGGAUGGGAUGCUUUACUCCGGCACCAUGAACAACUUCCUGGGCAGUGAACCCAUCCUGAUGCGCACGCUGGGAUCCCAGCCUAUCCUCAAGACUGACAACUUCCUCCGCUGGCUGCAUCCGGACGCCUCCUUCGUGGCAGCCAUCCCUUCGACGCAGGUAGUCUACUUUUUCUUCGAGGAGACCGCCAGCGAGUUUGACUUCUUCGAGAAACUCCACACGUCCCGGGUGGCUCAAGUCUGCAAGAAUGACGUGGGUGGUGAGAAGCUGCUGCAGAAGAAGUGGACAACUUUCCUGAAGGCUCAGCUGCUCUGCACCCAGCCAGGGCAGUUGCCCUUCAACGUCAUACGCCACGCGGUCCUGCUGCCCGCCAACUCUUCUACAGCUCCCCACAUCUACGCAGUCUUCACCUCCCAGUGGCAGGUUGGUGGGACCAAGAGCUCUGCAGUUUGUGCCUUCUCUCUCACCGACAUUGAGCGUGUCUUCAAGGGGAAGUACAAGGAGUUGAACAAAGAAACUUCACGCUGGACUACUUAUAGGGGCCCUGAGACCAACCCCCGGCCAGGCAGUUGCUCGGUGGGCCCCUCCUCAGAUAAAGCUUUGACCUUCAUGAAGGACCAUUUUCUGAUGGAUGAGCAGGUGAUGGGGAUGCCCCUGCUCGUGAAGUCUGGCGUGGAGUACACACAACUUGCAGUGGAGACAGCCCAGGGCCUCGAUGGGCACAGCUAUCUGGUCAUGUACCUGGGCACCACCACAGGGUCCCUCCACAAGGCUGUGGUGAGUGGGGACAGCAGUGCCCAUCUGGUGGAAGAGAUCCAGCUGUUUCCUGACCCUGAGCCUGUCCGCAAUCUGCUGUUGGCCCCCGCCCAGGGUGCAGUGUUCGUAGGCUUCUCAGGAGGUGUCUUGAGGGUGCCCCGAGCCAACUGUAGUGUCUAUGAGAGCUGUGUGGACUGCAUCCUUGCCCGGGACCCCCACUGUGCCUGGGAUCCUAAGAACCAGAUCUGUGGCCUCCUAUCUUCCCACAACCUGAACUCCUGGAAGCAGGACAUGGAGCAAGGGAACCCGGGGUGGGCAUGUACCAAUGGCCCCAUGGGCAGAAGCCUCCGGCCUCAGAGCCGCCCACGAAUAAUUAAAGAAGUUCUGGCUGUCCCCAGCUCCAUCCUGGAGCUCCCCUGUCCCCACCAUUCAGCCCUGGCUUCUUACCACUGGACUCGCGGCAUAGCCCCAGCCCCAGCCCCAGAAGCCUCCUCCACGGUCCAUAAUGGCUCCCUCUUGCUGAUUCUGCAAGAUGGAGUUGGGGGUCUCUACCAGUGCUGGGCCACUGAGAAUGGCUUCUCAUACCCUGUGGUCUCCUACUGGGUGGACAGCCAGGACCAGCCCCUGGCCCUGGAUCCUGAACUGGCAGGCAUCCCCCGGGAGCACGUGGAGGUGCCUCUCACCAGGGUCAGUAGUGAGGCUGCUCUGGCAGCCCAGCGUUCCUACUGGCCCCACUUCCUCACCGUCACUGUCCUCCUUGCGUUAGUGCUUUCCGGGGCCCUUGUUCUCCUCUUGGCCUCCCCACGGGGUGCUCUGUGGGCUCGAGGCAAGGUCCAGGGCUGUGGGACCCUGCCCCCCAGAGAGAAGUCCCCGUUGAGCCAGGAGCAGCAUCUCCAACUGCCCAAGGAACACAGGACCUCUGCCAGUGAUGUGGACACUGACAACUACCCGGGUACUGAGGUGGCUUAAACUCUGAGCACCAGGCUAGGGCUGCAGAGCAGGGCAGUCAUCUAGCCAUGCUGGCCAAGGGCCCCCAGAGCAGUACAGGCCUUAUCAGGGUGGGAGUGGCACAAAAGACCACCUUCCUCCUGUGAGAGGGGCUUUCCUGACACUCUGCACCACAGUGACACCUGACAGGGUCACACACAGAGCAGCCUGCCUCCUUGCAGGUCUCCCUUCUACCAAGCUGUAUAAUAGGAGGCUACCCCAGGAUUGUGCUUGCUCUGUGGUAGGAGGGCCUGGGGUGAAUCCUUUAGUUAUGGCCAUUCCAGGGACCCUCAAAGAACAUACUGUUCCAUACCCUAAAAAACCUCACUGUCCCAGGACCCUAUGGUAAUAGACACCGAACAUCUAAAACACCAUAAGCUAACAUGCCACACUGGGCACUCUACUUGGAAGUUGCCACUUUGGGCACUCCCUGCUCCCAGGGGUCUCUAAGGUUCUUCAGGGAUCAGCUCCCUCCUAUUCCCCUCACCAAUCAUGCAUUGCAAACUCCCAGGAAGUCUUUCCUGAAGUCUGACCACCUUCCUUCUUGCGUUAGCCAGGGCAGAUUAUGAAUCUUUCUGCUCCGGCUAGAACAGCAGGGGUACUCUGAGCCUCAUUCACUCAUUUACCCUGGCUGACUUCUUGACCUCUCUCUUUUUCCCUUUAUUUGGGGAUUCAGAAAACUGCUUGUCACAGACAGAUUAUUUUUUAUUAAAAAGACAAAACUUAUG